AUGUACCCGAAUCCUUCGAUUAAAGUGCUCGGGAAUCUGCAGGAUAGUCCGAAGCUACUAAUAACUACGACCACGUCGGGCGGCGCGCAGCAGAUUCUGCCGUGGAUUAUGUACCACCGCGCGAUCGGCGUGCACUACUUCAUACUAUUCGUCGAAGGCAAGGCCUCUUCGCCGGAAAACGUGGCGAUAUUCGAGUCCAUGGAGGGUGUGACAGUGGUGCAGCGAACCAAGGAGCUCGAAGAUCAGCAGGCCAAGAGCCGCGUGUGGAAUGAGACGUGGCUUGCAUUCUUCUUCUACAAGCCGUGCAACUACGAGCUCUUUGUGCGACAAUCGCUCAACAUGGAGAUGGCUAUCGUCUUCGCCAGGGUGUUGGGAGUGGAUUGGAUAUUCCACGUCGAUACAGACGAGCUGCUCUACCCUGCAGGCACGGCCGACUUCUCCCUCCAACGCCUCAUCCAUGACCUGCCCAGCGACGUGGACCUCAUUGUGUUUCCAAACUAUGAGAGUGUGGUGGAAACAGCUGAUGUGGGAGACUCGUUUACCGAGGUUUCACUGUUCAAGAAGAAUUAUGAUCAUGUUACAAGAGAAGCCUAUUUCGCACACUACAGGGAUGCAGCACACGGCAACCCAAAUUACUUUCUCACCUACGGCAACGGCAAGUCAGGGGCAAAGAUGCAGGCUCAUCUGAGGCCGAAUGGGGCCCACCGAUGGCACAACUACAUGAAGGUUCCCAAGGAGGUGAAGCUGAUGGAAGCGGCAGUGUUGCACUUCACUUACACACAUUUCUCCGACCUCACGUCUCGGCGAGACCGCUGCGGGUGCAAGCCCAACUCGGAGGAUGUGAAGAAGUGCUUUAUGCUCGACUUUGACCGCCUGGCCUUCAUCAUCGCAUCCACGCAGACGGAGGAGCAGAUGUUCCAAUGGUAUAAGGACCAUGUGCUGUGGUCAGACCGUGACAUGAUAGAGAAGCUGCUUAAGAAGGGGAUAUUCGGUCGCAUCCACACUCCCCAGCCCAUACACCGCAGCACAUACGCCACCGGCAUCAUCAACCGCACUCUUGACUUGAGGCUGCUUGUUUGA